GCAGAGCGCGCGCGUCUGGUCCGCAGGCGGGCGCGCCCCCGUUCUUGCCGCGCGCGUCCCCGGGCGCGCCUCCGCCCUUGCCCGCCGCUGCCUCAGCUCCUGAGUGCACAGAGCCGUCUCGGCUGAGGGGACGCGAGGAUUCCGGUCGCCAGUGCUUCGGGCCCGGCCCGGACGCUUAGCAAGCUACCUGAGGAGCGGCUCUUCGGAGCCGAACCUGGAUCCCCGGGACUGAACUGCAGCCUGCUCUUCCUGCCUCUGUUCUCACGAGGGGGCUCCCGUCUCGCACCCCACCUCUGGACGUGCCUCCCUUUCCCUCUCUCCGCGUGCGGAGGGAGCCAGCGCAUAGGCCGGAGCGAGCCUGGGGGCCGCCGGCCGCGAAGGCUUCGCGGGCACCCGUUCGCCAUGGAGGGCGCCGGCGGCACGAACGACAAGAAAAAGAUAAGUUCUGAACGCCGUAAAGAGAAAUCUAGAGAUGCUGCCAGAUCUCGGAGAAGUAAGGAGUCUGAAGUAUUUUAUGAGCUUGCUCACCAACUGCCACUGCCCCAUAACGUGAGCUCACAUCUUGAUAAGGCUUCUGUUAUGAGGCUUACAAUCAGCUAUUUGCGCGUGAGGAAACUUCUGGAUGCUGGUGAUUUGGAUAUUGAAGAUGAAAUGAAGGCACAGAUGAAUUGUUUUUAUUUGAAAGCCCUGGAUGGUUUUGUCAUGGUGCUCACAGAUGAUGGUGACAUGAUUUAUAUUUCUGAUAAUGUGAACAAAUACAUGGGAUUAACCCAGUUUGAAUUAACUGGACACAGUGUGUUUGAUUUUACUCAUCCAUGUGACCAUGAGGAAAUGAGAGAAAUGCUUACCCACAGAAAUGGCCCUGUGAAAAAGGAUAAAGAAAUAAAUACACAGCGAAGCUUUUUUCUCAGAAUGAAAUGUACCCUAACUAGCCGGGGGAGAACUAUGAACAUAAAGUCUGCAACAUGGAAGGUACUUCACUGCACAGGCCAUAUUCAUGUAUAUGAUACCAACAGUAACCAGUCUCAGUGUGGUUAUAAGAAACCGCCCAUGACAUGCUUGGUGCUGAUUUGUGAACCCAUUCCUCAUCCAUCAAAUAUUGAAAUUCCUUUGGAUAGCAAGACUUUCCUGAGUCGUCACAGCCUGGACAUGAAAUUUUCUUACUGUGAUGAAAGAAUCACUGAGUUGAUGGGAUAUGAGCCAGAAGAGCUUUUGGGGCGCUCCAUUUAUGAAUAUUAUCAUGCAUUAGAUUCUGAUCAUCUGACCAAAACUCAUCAUGACAUGUUUACUAAAGGACAGGUCACCACAGGACAAUACAGGAUGCUUGCCAAAAGAGGUGGAUAUGUCUGGGUUGAAACUCAAGCAACUGUCAUAUAUAAUACUAAGAAUUCUCAGCCACAGUGCAUUGUAUGUGUAAAUUAUGUUGUGAGUGGUGUUGUUCAGCACGACUUGAUUUUCUCCCUUCAACAAACAGAAUGUAUUCUCAAACCAGUUGACUCUUCAGAUAUGAAAAUUACUCAGCUGUUCACCAAAGUUGAAUCAGAAGAUACAAGUAGCCUCUUUGACAAACUUAAGAAGGAACCUGAUGCUUUAACUCUAUUGGCCCCAGCUGCUGGAGACACAAUUAUAUCUUUGGAUUUUAGCAGCAAUGACACGGAAGCGGAAGAGCAACAACUUGAAGAAGUUCCUUUGUAUAAUGACGUAAUGCUCCCCUCACCAAAUGAAAAAUUACAGAAUAUAAAUUUGGCAUUGUCUCCAUUACCUGCUUCUGAAACUACAAAGCCACUUCGAAGUAAUGCUGACCCAGCACUUAAUCAGGAAGUUGUAUUAAAAUUAGAACCAAAUUCUGAGUCACUCGAACUCUCUUUUACUAUGCCCCAGAUUCAAGAUCAGCCAGCUAGUCCUUCUGAUGGAAGCACUAGACAAAGUUCCCCUGAGCCUACCAGUCCCAGUGACUAUUGUUUUGAUGUGGACAGUGAUAUGGUCAAUGAAUUCAAAUUGGAGUUGGUUGAGAAACUUUUUGCUGAAGACACAGAAGCAAAGAAUCCAUUUUCUACUCAGGACACUGAUUUAGACUUGGAGAUGUUAGCCCCCUAUAUCCCUAUGGAUGAUGACUUCCAGUUACGUUCCUUCGAUCAGUUGUCACCAUUGGAAAGCAGUUCUACAAGCCCUCAAAGUACAAGCACAAUUACAGUAUUCCAUCCGACCCAAAUGCAAGAACCUACUAUUCCCACUACCACUACUACCACUGAUGAAUUAAAAACAGUGACCAAAGAGGGUAUGGAAGACAUUAAAAUAUUGGUUGCAUCUCCAUCUCCUACCCACGUACCUAAAGAAACUACUAGUGCCACAACAUCACCAUAUAGUGAUACUCGAAGUCGAACAGCCUCACCAAACAGAUCAGGAAAUGGAGUCAUAGAACAGACAGAAAAAUCUCAUCCAAGAAGUCCUAAUGUGUUAUCUGUCACUUUGAGUCAAAGAACUACUGCUCCUGAGGAAGAACUAAAUCCAAAGAUGCUAGCUUUACAGAAUGCUCAGAGAAAGCGAAAAAUAGAACAUGAUGGUUCACUUUUUCAAGCAGUGGGAAUUGGAACAUUGUUACAGCAGCCAGAGGAUAGGGCAAAUAAUACAUCACUUUCUUGGAAACGAGUCAAAGGAUGCAAAUCUAGUGAACAAAAUGGAAUGGAACAAAAGACAAUUAUCUUAAUACCCUCUGAUUUAGCAUGUAGACUGUUGGGGCAAUCAAUGGAUGAAAGUAGAUUACCACAGCUGACCAGUUAUGAUUGUGAAGUUAACGCACCUAUACAAGGCAGCAGAAUCCUAUUGCAGGGGGAAGAAUUACUCAGAGCUUUGGAUCAAGUUAACUGAGCUUUUUUUCAUAUCUCAUUCCCCCCCCCCCUUUUUUUUGGACACUGGUGGCUCAUUACCUAAAGCAGUCUAUUUAUAUUUUCUAUAUCUAAUUUUAGAAGCCUGGCUAUAAUACUGCACAAACUCAGUUAGUUCAAUUUUGAUCCCCUUUCUACUUAAUUUACAUUAAUGCUCUUUUUUAAUGUUUAAUGUCAGAUAACAGACAGCACAUUUACAAGGUCCUUUGAUAUUUAAGCCAUCGCAAUGCAGUAGCAUCUUUUUAAAAAUGCACCUUUUUAUUUAUUUAUUUUGGACUAGGGAGUUUGUCCCUUACUGAAUUAUUUUUAAUAAGAUGCCAGUUUUUUAAGAAGGCAGUAACCUUUCAUCAUGAUCAGUUUGAAAAAUUUUUACUCAGUUUUUUCACAUUGUACACAAACAACAAUGAUUUGCCAGCAGUACAUGGUAGCCACUGUUGCACAAUAUAUUUUCUUAAAAAAUACCAGCAGUUACUCAUGCAAUAUAGUCUGCAUUUAUAAAUCUAGUUUUUAAGGAGCCUUUUUUUUUGGCCUAUGGAUUGUUAAACCUGGAACAUGACAUUGUUUGUCAUAUAAUGAUUCUUAAAUGCUUGUAUGGUUUAUUAUUUAAAUGGGUAAAGCCAUUUACAUGAUAUAGAAAGAUAUGCUUAUAUCUGGAAGGUAUGUGUUGUUUAUUUGGAUAAAAUUCUCAAUUCAGAGAAACCAUCUAAUGUUUCUUUAGUCACUUUGCCAGCUCAAAAGAAAACAAUACCCCUAUCUGUAGUUGUGAAACUUUAUGCUAAUAUUGUGUAAUUGAUAUUAAACCAUAUGUCCUGUCCACCCUGUUGGUAUAAAGAUACUUUGAACAGAUUGUAAACACACACACAAAAAAAUCAUGCUUUGUUAGCAAAAUUGCCUAGUACGUUAAUUUGCUCAAAUAUUGUUUUGUUUUUAUGCACUUUGUCGCUAUUAACAUCUUUCUGUUUUCAUAUAGAUUUCAAUAAUUGAAUAAUUUUAGAAAUAUUAUUUUAGAAAGAUAUAGUUGUCAUAGUAAUAAACCCUUGUUUUUCUAUGUGCAUUGUACAAAAUUUUUGUUCCUUUCCCUCCUUGUGGUUGGAUCUAACACUAACUGUAUUGUUUUGUUACAUCAAAUAAACAUCUAUGGACCAGG